AUGCCCCACAGCUCGCGUACCAAGCGACCAAAAACCACCAAACGCACCUCUGUGACCGACACCGACGGCUGGACCCAUGUCACGAACGGCGGCAACGUGCGGCGCGUAAUGCGCCGCCAGAAAAGCGAGCUCGAGCCUGUCCUUGCCCCUGCCGAAGCUCCCGGUCGGCUCACACUGUCCGAUCUCCAGACACAAUUUCAGACCCAUCACGCAAGAUGGGAGGGAUCGGAGAGCUGGAACAAAGUGACCGAGGUCAUGUCGGAGAGACUCAAGCAAAGAUCGCAGACUGCCCCCGUGGAUGCCAUCGUCUGUAUUGGACUUGGAAGCCCUAGCGGGUUCCUGCGUGAUGGGUGGGUCGACCGUCGGGCUGUUUCGCUGUAUCAGCUUGCUGCGUUGGUUAGCAUUAAAGACCAAGUCGAAUCUCAUUCGACUGCGCCGAUCAAAGUAUACGCGCAAGACCCUGUCUUCAAUACUUUGGAUGAAUCCCUUCUGAAAGGUAUGAACAUCACGGUCGUCAACCACCCAGAAGGGUUCUCGCAUAUCACAGAGAACUCGAUGCUCUUCUGCCCCGGCGCGGAACGUCAGCACCUCGAGCUCCUACUUCCCUCGAAGCCAUGGCUACUUUUUGGUGGACCGCUAGAGCAUGCAGACGCCGACAGUGUGUUGCAGAGUUACGUACAAGACACCGAGUCAUAUUGCGUGCCGCCUUUUGAGGCCCUCGAGCAUGCGUUUUGGAACAUGAGGCUAUAUUGGAUCGGCGAGAAGGAUGUUGACGAGUAA